UACAACCGUGACGAAGGAAAAUGAGAUAUCUCAAGAAAACGAAGUUAGAGAACGCUGUUCAAAAAUCAACUAUUCUUAUGACCAGAAGAUUCCUGAUAACAUGUUCAGAAACAGCCUUCUACCACUAAAAAAGUACAAUGUUACGUUUUGUAGAGUACCAAAAGGGGCAUCAACAUUUUGGACACGACUAUUGGUGUGUUUAGAGAGAGAUUUAUGGAAACCACCUUUUGUGUUUAAACCAAAUGAUGGCAGUGUUAAAUUAAAAAAUGACUUUAGUAAGUUUUCAGUGCGAAAGGCAUAUGAAUUAGUGAAGAAUACAAAAAAUGUUAUGUUUAGUAGAAAUCCCUUUUCAAGAGUAUUUUCGUUCUACGUAGAUAAACUAUUUUCUCCAAAUCCAUUUUAUUGGAAUGAUCUUGGUAUUGGAAUAACUAAACGAAGCCGAGGAAUUGCAACAUGUGGACAUGACGUGACAUUUAAUGAGUUUGUUGAUUAUAUUAUUAAUACUCCAUCCAGAAUGAGAGAGUACCAUAUCAUGCCAACCAAUGACAUUUGCCGUCCGUGUAAAAUUCAUUACAGCUUUAUUGGCAAAAUGGAAAAUUUUGAAAACGAUGUUUCUAGAAUACUUAAAGAAAUCGGUGCGGAGUCAUAUCCUUAUUUUACAGAAAAUUUUAAUAAAGAAUAUACAUCGGACGCUAUCUAUGAUAUUGUACAAGCUUAUUUUGAAAAUCGAAGGGAUUCAGAUAAAUGUAUAGACCGCCAUACUGGAAUUAAACGUGUUUGGCUAAAGUUGCAAAUAAGAGGAAUAAUUUCACAAACAAUCAAAGUUCCUUUCACAUCGAAAGAAUCAUUGAGUCUCUCUCUUCCGAAAUUACUCAAGAGUAUUAUCAAAGCACGUGAUAUAUCGGAAAAGGUAGACAUGAAAGCCCAAAAGAAAAUGUAUAUUACACAGGCAUACUCAAUUUUACCGUUGGAUACCAUGUUUAAGCUCCAAUCAGUAUACAAAAAGGAUUUACAAAUAUUCAACUAUGAACUCUUUCCUAAACAUUUGUUUGGACAAAGAGGAAACAGUACAAUAGAUAUAUUUUGUUUAAAAUAAGAAACUUAAAAAAACGCAAUUGAUAUUACAAUCGAUAAGUCUUCUUCCAUGGAAAUAAUUUAAGGCGAAGUGUCUUUUAUCAACUACUCCACUAUUAUGAAUAAAAAUAUACAAUUAGCUUAAUACCAUCUUCGCUAGCCAAGGAUCAACUCCCGCUCUCUUCGCCCUUGGCGGAUUGAGAUAAAAUUUCGGAGACACAAUGUCGUUUUUUAUUGGUUGCAGUCAAAACUCGCUGCAUCCAAUCAAAAUGCGCCUACUGACAUGAUCACGUGUAAAUGUAGAAAGUGUUUGUAAACAAUUGCCACGUGUUUUUUGUGCAACAAGUCCGUACAUUCCUAAACAUACGACUAUACUUAGUGAAAGCUUGAAGGUUUGUAAUCAACAAAUAGAAGUUCCUGUGUAUGUUUCAUGCACAAAUGCAUGAAUGUUGACGUAUAUUUUCAUUUCCGGAUUUACCAAGGGUGUAGAACCUAGACGCUACCGUGCUUUUACCUCCAAAUUGAAGAGUUCAAGUGCUACCAUUGGUCAAGAAUUAUGUAUUCGGAAUUGGAGUGAUUAUUAUCUUCCGAUAGAUGGCGCAACAUUGCUAAUACAAAUGUUGGCUCAAUCCGCCAAGGGUGAAGAGAGCGUGAGUGGAUCGUAAGCCUUGGCUAGCGAAGAUGGCUUAAUACUAAAAUUUAUGAUAAAAGAGAUGAUUUUUCAUUUCCUAUCGUUAAUUAUCCAUCUUUAGAUGGUGACGUUCCCUUGUCACCAUCUUACGGUGUUUAUAUAUCUCAACUUGUACGAUUCGUUCGUGCAUGUAACGAUGUUUUA